GUUUCAAUUGGCUCAAAUUAAUGAAGGCACGCGAGACCUUGUAUCUCAAUAGCUCAUUAAAAGAUCAAAGCGUCCUCAACCGACUACGGCGACUAAAGGGAAACUUAUUCUGCUGCAUUUUAGGAAAAUGCAAUGUAAAGUGUCCUAAAAGUGAACCAAAGUUCGGUGUGCGUAUCUCCGCGAGUCCUUCCCCACAGGCUAUGCGCAGAGAGGCGCCAAACCCAGUCCGUGGACGGUAAGCUGAGCUGGAGACAUGGCUGCUGUUGCUGACCAGCAGGAAAGAUGCUGACCAAGUCCCAGAGACGGCUGCUGCCAAAGCUCCGCCCGUUAACACCAGCGCCCGAACAUCCUGACCCGGGUCUAAGAUAUCCUCGUGGCAUCUCCUCAGCCGGACCUGCUCGGAAGGAGACGGAGUAGAAUGCCUUCAAAUAUUGAGGACGACUUUCUGAGGGAAUAUAAUGGAGUUGAUGGAGAAACAUAUGUUAGAAGUUUGUCAAUACUGUGAGAUGUAAGGCCAUGUGAAGGAUUUACCCAAGACCAUCUGCAGCCGCAGAGUCUUUCUAAGGAGGCUUUUUGUCCAAAACUCCCCAAAUCAUGGAGAUGGUUUAAUGGCAUGAUUUAUAGUGACCAUGGCAGACGAAAUCUCCCCACUGAUGCUCGACAGGCCAGUUGUUGAGAAGAGAAGUAAUAGAAAACUCCAAGAAAGGACUUCUGUCACUUCUUCUCUCCCGGAGGGACAGCUCUUAAUGAAUCCUCAGCAUGCGAAGGCUGACUCUUCAUUUGGCGGUAUUUGUGGUACGAACUCACUUCCAGAGAGCUGUGAAGCUGGAAUCCUUUAUGUAUAUCCUCAGACACCAAACUGGUCUCUAGUGGAGAAGUUUGCUGAACUUUCACCGACAGAAUUAACAGGAUUCGAAGAUGAGAUCGACAGCAGUCGAGGAUCGUCACAAUGCACCAAACAUAUUGAGAUCAAUAAAGUGCGCCGAGCUAAUGAGGCACUCUUGGAUGCUGUGCAAAAAAAGGAAAGUAACUGCCUCAAGAGCCAUACGACACAAAGCAAUGCCACGGUCAAACAGAGGGCAUCAAAACUCAAGGAGCUCAAUGUUGAGGAAUAUUCUCCGGGUGGUGUCGGGAAUAAUGCCAAAAAGAAGGAGGUGCCCAGUCUUUUUGUCAAAAAAUUACAUAAACAGCGCCAAGAUGACAAAAUCCCUCGACUUUUGGUCGCGAUGAAAAAACGCAAUGAAGUCGACAAAGAGCACCGGCCCUUCAAGUGCACCCACUGCAACUGGGCUUUUAAGAAGCUCUGCAACCUGCAAAGUCACCUGCAAACGCACACCGGCCUCAAGCCACACGUGUGCGACAUAUGUGGCAAGGCUUACUCCCAUCAGGGCACACUGCAGCAGCACAAACGCCUCCACACGGGAGAAAGACCGUACCACUGCCCUUUCUGCGUCAAGACCUACAUCUGGUCCUCGGAUUACCGCAAGCAUAUCCGCACACACACAGGUGAAAAGCCCUACGCCUGUGACACCUGUGGGAAGGAAUUCAUCCGCUCCUCUGACCUGCGGAAGCAUGAGCGGAACAUGCACACCAAUGACAAGCCCUUCCCAUGCACGCACUGUGGCAAGACCUUCAAUAAGCCCCUCUCCCUGAAGCGCCAUGAGAGGAAGCACCUGGGAGAGAGGCCUUUCUCCUGCCCUGACUGUGGCAAAACCUUCGCUCUGGCCAGCCGAAUGGCCGAGCACCAGAAGGUCCACGCUGGGGUUCGUCCGUACGUCUGCCCGGUGUGCUCCAAGCGCUUCACCAAGUCGUCCAACUUGACCGAGCACGAGGCCAUUCACAGCGGCGCGCGGCCCCACAAGUGCGCGGAGUGCGGCGUGGCGUUUGCCAUGGCAUCUCGCCUCGUGCGUCACCAGUACGUCCACAGUAAGGCGAAACCCCACAAUUGCACGGGAUGCAGCAAGAACUUUAGUCAUCUUGCCACAUUGAAGCUCCACCAGGAGCAAACGUGUGCUGGAAGGAUCUUUGUCUGCGUGGAGUGUGACAAGUCUUUCCAAUGUGCCACAAAGCUUGCACAGCACGUGCUGAGCCACAGGGACACCGAUGUCUGAGUCAGUUUAAAGACAAGUACACUACUCACCAACUGGAACCAUUCAAAGGGACAGGGCACCAGUUUUAUUUAUGUCAUGGUAUGCUUUGUGAGUUGGUCACUCGCACACACUCUGACCCCAUGGUGCUGGGUUCCCAUGGGAACGUUCUGACAUGAAUAUUGCCACCAGCAUCGACACUGGAGCUGUCAGCAUGGUGUGACAUGAAAGUGGUUACUGGGAUAUCAGACCCUUUGUAGAGUGAGCAUAUCAUUGUCGAUAGUUAUUAAUAAUUAGUUCAUACUAAUCUCACAACAUUUCCCAUUUGGAUGUAGAAAAUGCAGGAAGUGUGAUGUGAUAAAUGGUGCUUGUGCCAUGGUA